GAAUGCGCACGAGGGGGAAUCGCGGACGCUCAUCUGGGCUAAUUGGUGUCGUUCGUGUCCGGCUCGACUGACUGAUCGAAACGUCAAGGAAAAAAUAACUGAUUUCUUAUCUCCACCAUCAAGCGAGGAGGCUCUUGGUUAUUUUGGAUAUAGGGCGGUUGAAAACAGGAGUGACGGACACUCGGCUAUUCAAAGUUUAUUGAGGACGGUUUUUGCUUCUGAGGUGCUUGUCGUAUCACUUGCAAAAGAAAGACGAUGGAGAAAGAGAUCUUGUGGGAUUUGUGAGUUUGCACUGUUUGGGACUCAGAGAAAUUGAAUUGGCGCUUCUUUUCUCGGUGCUGAAAAUGCGCUUUGGAUGAUCAUUCGUCGUUUUUCCCUUCAAAGUUUGCCUCAGAGAUACUCGCUUCUGUAACGUCUCGCGCUUGAGUGAUGUGGCACGCGACAUGAUGAAAGACUGACAGACGCCUUUCCAGCCACUGUGUUUAGUCAGCCCGUUUAGUUCGGUUGGAGGUGGGGGGAUUUCGUUUUUUUCCCGAACUCAUCACGUUAAGAUUAACACGGGCUUCUUUAAGAGGAUGCCGAAUGGUCAUUCAUGAACUUGUUGAACACGCAGCCCUCCGCGGGACCCAUCACAUCGAAUCUCAAUAACAGUGCGGAUGCCAGGCUGCAGCAGAGGAUGACUGACAGAAAGCAAAGUUGAGACAGCUGUCCGUCAACAUCCAGACAGAAAGGUGAUUCGUCAGUGUGUCAGAAGCCCUGCGUCUGUCUUCAGUUUAACCGAUCUCUUCGUCUUCUCUUAUCUUUGCCGGCACCCUUGCCUCUGCCCAACGGAGACAAUAAAGACCAGAGGUGGAGAAAGAAGCAUUUCGGUUUGCUCUCAGCCCUGUCAACCUCACCAACAGGAAGCUGGCAUGCUACCACACCCCCUCUGGCCCACACUCAAUAAAAAUUGGAAUAUUUAAUAAAGCAGGCCUGCAUCUUCCUCUACGCCUCUCUCUUCUGCUAUACCUGACGUCUUUGAGAGGAACGGAGCGGACGGAUACUUUACACCACAGUGAAUAAUCUAUUAGAAGAGCAAUUCACCUAAAAAAAGCAGCCAUGCAUUUGCCGCUCCUGUUGACACUGCAAGCAUCAUGGCUGACAGUGUGUCAGGCCACGCAACACUAUCCCACAACCUGGGGACACUACGACUUGUGCAAGUCCCAUGGGUACACGGACGAGGGCCCGACCUGGUAUUACAUGGCCUGUCAACCAGAAGCAGCAGACAUGACCAAGUACCUGAAAGUAACCCUCGAUCCCCCAAACAUCACCUGCGGAGACCCACCAGAGACCUACUGCGCCCUGGAAAACCCCUACAUGUGCAACAACGAAUGUGACGCGGCCACAGACGAGCUGGCUCAUCCCCCAGAGCUCAUGUUUGACUUCGAGGGUCGCAACCCCACCACGUUCUGGCAGUCCACCUCCUGGAGAAAAUACCCCAAAGCUCUGGCGGUCAACAUAACACUUUCCUGGAACAAGACCAUCGAGCUGACCGAUGACAUUGUCUUCACGUUCGAGUCGGGUCGGCCGGAGCAGAUGGUUCUGGAGAAGUCUCUGGACUAUGGACGUACUUGGCAGCCCUACCAGUUCUAUGCUACCGACUGCCUUGACGCUUUCACUAUGGAGCCUAAGACAGUCAAAGACAUUACCCAACACACACUGCUAGAUAUUAUCUGCACCGAGGAAUAUUCCAGAGGCUACGUGUGGAAGAAUGACAAGACGGUACGCUUCGAAGUCAAAGACCGCUUCGCGCUGUUCGCCGGGCCUAAGCUGCACAAUAUGGCAUCGCUGUAUGGACAACUGGACACCACCAAGAACCUGAGAGACUUUUUCACCAUCACCGACCUGCGCAUACGUCUCCUCAGACCUGCCACUGGCGCCACCAUGGUGGAUGAGAACAACCUUUCAAGAUACUUCUACGCCAUCUCUGACAUUAAAGUACAUGGAAGGUGCAAGUGCAACCUUCACGCCAACAGCUGCAUCUUUGACAAAGAGAAACUGACUUGCGAGUGCGAGCACAACACCACGGGGCCCGACUGCGGCCGCUGUAAGAGGAAUUAUCAGGCCAGAGCUUGGAGCGCUGGAUCCUAUCUUCCUAUCCCCAAGGGCACAGCAAAUAUCUGUCUGCCAAAUAGCGUCGGGCCAGUUAACUGUGAAUGCUUCAGUCACUCCAAUCGCUGCAGUUUCAUCGAGGUGCUGAAAACCGUCAUUUGCGUGGGCUGUAAGCACAACACUAGGGGGCAGCACUGCCAGCUGUGCAAGCUUGGAUACUACCGCAAUGCCUCGGCCAAGCUGGACGAUGUGAAUGUUUGCAUAGACUGUAAUUGUGAUCCCUUUGGCUCAGAAAAUGUUCGCUGUAAUGGCACAGGAUAUUGUAAAUGUAAGAAAGGAGCAAGAGGGGCUAAGUGCGAUGAGUGUCUACCGGGAUAUUUGUGGGACAAUGGCUGCAAAUCCCGGGUGUGCGACGACGAGCUCCUGCAUUGCCAAAAUGGCGGCACGUGCGAGAAAAACGUCCGUUGUAGGUGUCCUCCGGGUUACACCGGUCUGCUGUGCGAGCGAGCCGAGAAACCCCACUGUGAGAGCGAGCCGGGCGGCUGCAGAGAGUCGUUCUCGGGCCAGGCUUCCCUCCGGCCCCCUGCGUUGAUACUGCUUUUGCUGCUGUCCGUGAUGGGUCCCAAACUCCUGGUGGAGGUCUGCUGGACCACGGUCUUUUGAGAGGCAGGUCUUCCAACCUCCAGCUUCUUCUGUUUAAGCAGAGCACCAGACCCACCGACACUCGGCAAGCCAAGUGGAAUGUGCCCAAAUAAGCGAAAUUUAAGAGGAUGACAGACAAAAUACAAUAAAUAUCAAUAAAAUAGUAUUUAUAAAGAAUUGAUUACAUAUAAACGUUUUAAAAGUACAAAAAACAAGGUGUUAUUUAUAGAAUUUAUCCGAGCAUAUGCUUCAUAAAGCAAAUAACAUGAAGUAGAGAAGCAAACUAAGCCAUAAUAGAUAAUCACUCCCCCAACAGAAAGAGAGCUACAGGGAUCCGAGCGGACAGACUCAUCCCUUUAUCACCACGGCAACGGGAGCCAGCCAGCGGCAUGUACCGGUCAGCUGUCGCCCCUACCUGAACCGUUCUGGGUAUCACGUUGGCUAGACUGCUUAUGGCUACUUUGGAAAACUCUUUGGGUUGUGUGAACUGGCUGUUAUGAAAAAAUGUGGUUUAAAAUAAAGAGAGCAGUAAUAAUAUGGAGACGGACUCAUGAAAAGAAACAUAAAGCAUUCUUUGCUGUCAGUGCAUUGUGGAUAUAAGAAAAUCUAUUCAGACUGUCACAUUUGGACCGCUUUCAAACUGUGCUUGUCCCGCCGACACCCCACCCCAUCCUCCUGAAAAACUUUAGAGUGUCCUUUGUGUCGAAAGCCCCCUGACUCUUCCUCAACCCCGUGCUUCUGUGAAUGUGUACUGUAACCCCUACUGACUGAAUGAUGUUUUUCUUUUUAAGAUUUCUGUUUUUCUUUCUUUUCGGUCCGUGUGAUGUCAGUCACACUCGUGGCACAAUCCCACACCCCCAUCCCCUCACCCUCCGAAAAUGAAACCCAUAACCCUGAAACGUGACAGACUGUUUGCCAAGGCUACGGUCAAAGAUGUAUGUUUUCACCCAAACAGAUGAAGUGCAUAGACAGUCAUCAGUGUAUUUAAUUUUUGUAUUAAAACAGAAGUUAUUUUCUUGACAGAGUAAUAAUAAUGUAGAACAUAUACUUUUUUGUAUUAUUGCUGAAAUGUGUUUAAGGGAAACAUUUAAGUGUGUUCAAUCGAGGUGCAAAAGGGAAUGAAAUAUUAGGUUAUGUUCGUCGGAGGAUUUAUUUAACUGCAUUUCUUUUCCUUCGGUUGGAUUGUGACGUUUUCCUAAAUUAUAUUGGCAACGUGCUGGCAUCAAAGAAUAUCAGUUUACGUACGGUAUAUAUACUGUAAUGUGUACAGCAUAUAUACAGUAUAUAAGUGUAAAAAAAGAAAAUCACACCAAAGGACAUUCUAAAUGUUUCUUGUUGCUUUAACACUGAAAAAUUUAAGUGAA